AUGUCCACAAUUCAAUCGCUCAGAAAAAGAGCUCUUUUUAUAUUUCGGCUCAUUGCUGCCAUACUUAACAGAAUAUGUUGCUGUGUUAAGCGAAGGAAAAAUAUUGGAGAAUUGCCGUAUACAGUUGCUCAUCAAAGUCCUCAAACGCAUUGGAGAUCAGUUUCAAAUGAAGAAAAAUGGGAAGAAUGGAGUGGUACUCCGUUUGUCACUUCAAUUGAAGAAAAAAUUAUAGAAUACCGUCGUAAAAAGGCAGAAUCAGAAGUUGUAGCAGAAGAUAGAGAUAAAGCGGAUUUUUUUAAUGAUAUGCAACCGAAAGUUGUGCAAACUCGGAGGGCUUACAUUGACAAUUAUUGUAAUGCACCAAUUCAAAAUAGCAAUUUAUUUGCUGUGAAAACAGAUGAAGUGGUGCCUUCCCACUUAGGCGAACUUGGUAACUUGGAAGAUACAAACACAUAUAAUGAAAUUGAAGAUUGGGAGACUCAUAUCGAUAUUGAGAGUGUUAACAACGCACUGCGUGAACAAAAGGCUAAAGAAAGACAGGAACGACGGUUGGCAAGACAAAUGGAGUAUGCAAAGCGAUUUGAGCGAAGAAAGGAGUGA